UGAACCCGGAACAUGGGACCAUAAACGUAGGAUACCCGGUAUACCGUUCCACGGGCAUGCGCUUAUUUCCCAUCAACUAGGACUCCGCACUCAUAGCAACCAUUGAAAACAGUUUAUUAUUUCGACUUGUUCUGGAUUCUCGUACCUACAAGAACAAAUUAUUCAGUUAAGAAAAUUAUUUGUUGAAACAAAUGGGUGAAAUAGUGCCUUACACCAAAAACAAUGAGUCUUUCGAAGAUCUUCAACAUCGAUGUCAGCCAUUUAAACUGGAAUGGAUCUUUGGAUUCAACCCACGAAUCCCCGUGGUCAACCUAACAUGCAGCCGCCAGGUCAGAGAAAUGAUCAUGUCUUCAGGCAAUGCAAUCAUUUUCUACAGAUUUGAAAAUCAAGUUGAGUCUACUCAAACUUUGAUCGGUCACAAAGAUUCCAUCAACACCAUAGUUGUUGAUGGUAGCGGUCGUUUCGUGGUUUCGUCCGACAGCUCCUACUGUAUCAACGUAUGGGACCGGGAAGCGUUUCCUGAUGGACCCCCCGUAGCCAUUCGAACUAUAUACGAACCAUUCAAAGCGAACGAGAUCAAUACCGUGGGACUGAGUCACGACGCCAGAUAUCUGAUAGCGGCUUGCAGCGGAACCGAACAGCUUCUGAAGUUAUGGCAGUGGACAAUUGGGAACGAUAGUCCAGAUGACUGCAUUUCACUGCCACCACGAUUAGGGAGAACAAAAGGCAUCCGAUUUUGCACCGAUAUCGGCAGGAAGAAUCAUUUCGUAGUCACGAUGGAAAACGCGGUAAUUUUUGGAUACUUUGAUCCAAAACAACAAAAGCUUCACAUUGAGGUACCGAAGAAGCACGGAUUCCAAGAUUACAACGAUUCGGUGUUUGUCGAUGACACCUCGAGGGCUGUAUCAGUUACGGCAGCUGGUAUGGCCAUCAUCUGGAGCGAUGACAAAAAAGUAUCGACUCCUAUCAAAAAGCAGUUUCUUAAGUAUCUGCACCUGAAAUAUGCAUCGAUCAAUGUGAUCAGGUGCUGCGAUCAGAAGCUUGUAACAGGCGAUGAUGAUGGGGAAAUCCGGUUCUAUGAUAUCCACAUGAGGAUAUUGUAUUGGUUCAAACAGGAAGGUCCGGAACCAAUUCGAACGAUUUCGUUCAACAUUCUACCGAGGAAAUAUGUUUUGGAUAAUGAGCAAGCUCAUUCGUCCGAUGACACUGAUGAAGAAGUGCUUUCCUAUGAUACAUUACCUAGGGAUGUAUCACUUGAGGGGAAUCCAGUUAUUAUAAGAAAUUUCAUUAUGGCUACAAAAACAGGCCAUCUGUUUGAUGUGGAUAUAGUCCAGAACAAGAUUCAGGAGCUGUACUAUUCUUCAGGAAGCAUCAUUACUUCGUUUGAUGUUCACCCAAUCGAGCCUCAGCUUUGCUCCUGUGAUGGAAAUGGUAAAAUGACAUUGUACAACCUUGAAGACAGGCAGGCCAUUAUGAGUUUGAAUGUGCCCAUCCAAAGAACCCGUCGGGGAAGAAUCACCGUCCUCAAAUAUUCACCAUGUGGAACGUAUCUUGUCGGAGGCGCUGAAAACGGUUAUAUUUGGGUCAUCAAUCCUGCAACGAUGAUCAUCAGUUCGGAUAGUCCACUACAAUAUACUAUAGAGAAAAUAAUUUUCUUAAAUUUCACACCGGAUUCCAAAUAUAUAAUUUUUGUUGACGAUGAAGGUUCUAUAGGUUUGCUCAACCGUGAAUAUGAAUGCUGGAAACUAAUAGGCAGAUGUUUAUCCCACAAAGUGGUGGACCUUUUAUUUAUGUCAAACGAAAAAUUUCUUACAAUUGGAGACGACAGGCAUUUGAUUCAGUAUAAAAUUGAGACCAGCGAUAUGGCUUCCAUUGAAAAGUUGAUGGUGGAUGACCGAUUUCAAAUGGAACAAUCGGCCCAAAGUACAUCGUUUUUGUUACUCCCAGAAGAUCGGCUUUUGGUGGCUAACAAUCAAUUCAAAUUCAAAAUAUUUAAUCUCAACUCUUCUUGUACCAUCAUGCAUACAUUCUUGGCGCCCUUCAACGACGGACCUAUAAGAAAACUAACUCUUUUACCCGGAGACCACUUCUUCACAUUCAUGACCGAUAAGAACAUCUACAUUCAUCAACUGCCAAUCGAUGGAAAUCCAUUCAAAUAUUUGGGAACCUUUUCUCAUCCAAAGAAGUUGAAAGCUAUGUGUAACAUGCGAGAUCAUUUCGUAUUCUGCCACGGAGAGGGAGAUCACGGCAUCGGCAUGUGGAGGAUCAAUGCAAUACCGCUAAUCGAAAAUCAAAAAUAUUGUGGAUCCGGGUUGGAUCCUUACUGUUCGCUUCUCCCUGGAGGAAAAAGUGGUUGCUACGUGAAAGAGAUGCUGAGUUUAUUCUUCUACAACCAAAUUUCGCCAAAGCACAAUGAAGAGGAUACGGACAUAUCGAUACGCGAUGCAAUGGACGUUAGAGAUGUACCAAAUUAUAUGAGAAGCAUUGGAUUUCACAUGACACAAUUUGAGGAAGACAACCUGAUCAAAGAAAUCGACCAGAUGGGAACGUUGUUCCUUACAUUCGAGGAAGUCGUGAAGCUUUUUCUGAACCACAGAACACUAGCAAACCCUGAUUGCGAAGAAAUUCGAGCUGCGUUGACAAUGGUCACGAAAGGAGUCUUUGACCCGAUCGAUUUGCAAUCAUUCAACGAACAGUUGGCGGACCUCGGAGAGAAGGUUAACACGAAAGCCUUGGAUUUCUAUUGCAGAGCAUUAUUUCCAGAGUACACGCCCGACGCAGAUGAGGAUAAGUUUCUCGUUCCUUUGGACGCAUUUGCGGAAAAGCUUUGCUAAAAAGAUUGCGUAUUUCGGUUUGGCAUAUCUCUUUAUUUAAAUUCUUUUUUCUCUUGGUUUUACAUUUUCAUUAGAUAUCUAUAGGAAAAUCACUUAUCAAAAAUAUACCUUUUUGGAAUAUUUCUCUUAUCGGCUACUUUAGACAAGUAACGACUAACACAAAUGGUUGAAACAACUCAACCACUACCCGAUUAGACAAUAAAGAUCAAUUCUAUGGCAAUGGAGCAAAUGGAGGGAGAACUGACGAAAUCGAUAGCGAUCCGUCGUUAAAACCUAAGACUUGCAGUGACGGCAAACAUUGGAAGAAACUUAACGCACUAUUUACAAACUACAUUGAAACCUGCUCAUAUCCUAGUCAACCUACUAAGAGGGAUUUCUGAGCAAAACAAAUCAGAAUACUAACUUUUAGAAUAAAGAUACAUUCGAUGACUUUACGUUUCCUACGUUAUGAUGGUCCUUAUAUUUAUAAAUCACAAAUUUUCGUCGUUUUGUUUAGUUUUGUUCAACAUUGAUUUGUUUUGCAGUUCACACCGCAAUUCCUAUAUUACUAUCCCAGAGUGGAUUCAUGUCUUCUCCAGAUAUUCAUUUGAUUGAAAUGUAGGUACAUCAAUAUUGACUGAUUCUUUUUUUUCACAUUCUGUCGUAUCUCGAUGGUUCACAUCUCGAAAGGCACGCUUCGCAUUAACAAGUCUCACAGCUUAGUUUUUGUUUAAUUGUUUUGAAAUUCUUUGCGUUAUUUUUAGAUUAUCUUUAACAAUUUUGUGAAACUUAAAAUUUACGUUUAAUUUAGUUCAACUUUUGCCCAAAACAAUGUAACUUUAUAACACUUUUUAAUCCUGACAAACCUAAAUACAUAAUCCUUUUUUUUAACCAGUUCAAGACAAU